AUGGGGUACCACGACCCUGAACUUGGCCAGCUAACAGCACAACCUUUUCCAUAUACACAUACUAUUUUCAACAUGGGCUGGUGGCCCUUCUCAGGCUCAGGCGCAGAUGCCGCAACAAAACAGCAGCAGCAACAGCCAGCCACUAUUUCAAAUUCAACAUCGCCCGUACAAAAACCAAACGAUGCGCCCACGCCGACAAUAUCACACACACAUUCUGCCCCCCACGAUCCCGACUUCUACGCCGCCCACCCACACCUCGCCCCGCCCUCUUUUUCUUCCAACACUGUCUCGUCCUCGACAACCAACAGCAAAGACAAUACCACACAACAACUCGAGGAGCUCGACCCUACACUACCCCGUACCAUGUCCUGCCGUGCUGCCUUUGAUAGCGCCUUCUAUUGCUCAUCACUCGGCGGCCACUUCAACGAUAUAUACCGCUACGGACAACUUCGAAGCUGCUCCGACCACUGGAGCGACUUUUGGUUCUGUAUGCGCACAAAGAAUAGUCGAAGCGGUCAGGAAGUCAAGGAGCGCAUGGUGCAGGAUAGGUAUCGGGAGAAGGAAACGGUGCUCAAGAGUGGGCCUAAUAGCGAAGAUGUCUGGCGUAAGAGGAAGCCGGGAGAAGAGAUUAGAGGAGCAUUUAGUAGGCCUGCUGAGGAGGUGUAGAGGUAAUGAUAUGAAGGUGGGCCUGUGUACGAUAUAUUGUAGGAAUAGGUACUGAUAGGGAGUGAGGUUGGUCAGUUCAUUUAUGAUUGGCAUGCUUCUAAAACACCUGUCACAUGAAAAGUCAAUGAGUACAACAUUUGGCCUCUCUCCCCUCGAAUAUUACGAACGACUUCAGGUCCUUCUU